GCCGCACACUUGUCACCUUGAACAGCGCCGCAGAAAGAAGCGGCGUUCGGCGUUGAGGGAAAAAGUCGAGGGUUUGAAAAUGGACCGCUCGUCUUUAUCGGGCUUUACAGGGUCGGACCACCCCGGAGAGACCACCCCGCUCCCGGCAGAGCAGACAGAUCACACGUCCGCGCAGCUACCGUCAGCUAGCGGGAAGGGUCCCCUGGGGAUGGACUACAUCCCCACAGAGGAGGAGAGGAGGGUUUUUAAGGAGUGUAAUCAGGAGAGCUUCUGGUACAGAUCGGUGCCCAUCUCCGUCUCCAGCAUGGCUCUCACACAGUUCCUCGUCUCCAGAGGAACCCUGACAGCGUCGCCGCGGUUUGGAUCAGUGCCGAAGGUCCUCUUCGCUGGUGCUUGUGGCUACUUCGCAGGGAAGCUCUCCUACAUGAAGACCUGCCAGGAGAAGUUUAAGCGAUUGGAGAAUUCGCGGUUAGGAGAAGCGCUCCGGCAGAGAGCAGGACAUCGUCCACCGUUCGGUUCUGGUCAGUCCGAGCUGAAUGAGGAACAGCGUCGCUCUGAGAGUUCGUUCCAGUCUGACAGCCAGAAUAUACACUCAGCACAGCACAGCUAUCCUCAGUCAAAGGUGAAGAAAAACAAAUAUGGAGAUACGUGGGAGGAGUGAAGUCUGAAAACGCUGCUGCUGAAUGGCUAAAUAUCGAGACUGCUCUGUAAUAAAUGUGAAAUGUUUGCAUAUUUAUGGUUAAAAUAAACAAAAGCUGCUGAAUCUAC